AAUAAUAACAAACACGUGUAGAUGACAUUCACGUCAAAAUCAUCUGGUAUGUAUGACGUUUAUCAAAUCAUCCGAUGUUUACAAACAUUUCACAAGGCAAAUAUUUUUAUCAAAUACGAUAACCGUUGAAUCAAAGCAACAAAAUAGUAUAGUCCGAAGCGAAUCUCAGUGUCAUUACCAAUCGCGACCAGUGACAAUGAAUUUGCGUUCUAAUUUAAAAUUACUUAUAUUUUUCUCGAUUUUUCUGCUAGUGCGGUGCUUAAAUCCGAUUGUGUUCAUACCUGGUGAUGGGGGCGCGCAGCUUGAAGCUAAAUUAAAUAAAACGGACGCCGUACAUUAUAUUUGCCAAAAAACGACAAACGAUUUCUUCAACAUAUGGCUCAACAUGGAACUGCUUGUUCCUUUAGUCAUUGAUUGUUGGAUUGAUAACGUAAAAUUGAUUUAUGAUAACCAAACUCGUACAACGAGAAACAACGAUGGUGUAGAAAUAAGAGUACCUGGUUGGGGUAGUACCGAAACCGUUGAAUGGUUAGAUCCCAGCCAUGCUGCUACAGGAUCAUAUUUUUAUGAUAUCAGUAAUACUUUGAUGGGUUUGGGGCAUAAAAGGAAUGUCACUGUUAAAGGGGCACCUUAUGAUUUCAGGAAAGCACCAAAUGAGAAUGUUGACUUUUUCACCAAACUCAAAACUCUUAUCGAGGAUACUUAUACGGAAAACAAUAAUACUCCAGUAAUUUUGAUAGCCCAUUCGAUGGGAGGGCCAAUGUCCUUGACUUUUUUGAAUCGUCAGUCUCAAAGUUGGAAAGAUAAAUACAUUCAGAGUUUGAUAACAUUGAAUGGAGUUUGGGGAGGAUCAAUGAAGGCUAUCAAAGUCUAUGCCAUUGGUGACAAUCUGGGUUCUUAUGUUUUAAGGGAAAGUAUCAUGAGAGCUGAACAAAUAACCUCGCCGAGUCUAGCUUGGCUACUGCCCUCCAAACUCUUUUGGAAACCUGAUGAGAUUUUGGUCCAAACCGACAAAAAAAAUUACACUGUUAAUGAUUUAGAGGAAUUUUUUAAGGGAAUUGGUUUUACCGAUGGUUGGGAGAUGAGAAAAGACACAGAACCGUAUCAGAUUAAUUUCCAUCCGCCCGGCGUCGAAGUUCAUUGUCUGUAUGGCUCGAGCGUUGACACUGUAGAACGGUUAUACUACAAGCCUGGCACGUUCUUAGACGGCUACCCGACACUGAUUUACGGCGACGGAGACGGUACAGUAAACAGACGAUCGCUGGAGGGAUGCCUGCACUGGAGAAGCCUCCAAAAACAAAAAGUAUUCGUCCAGGAACUGCCCAAGGUGGACCAUCUACAGAUAUUGCACGACAAAACGAUGUUAAAGUAUAUCUCGGAGGUGAUCAAGAAAUACUCGGUAGCUAAAAGAAAAGAAUCAUUUUGGGAUAAAUUGUCCAACCUGUGGUAAUGAGAUGCCCAAGUUAUUAUUUUUUUUUAUUGUAUAUGUAGUUAAUUUGAUUUUCCUGUCUAAAUUCGUCCAGUUUCCUUCUUAUUAUACUCAUUUUUCUCAUCAGACUGUCAAACUUAACCUUGGAGAUAGAAACUCUUAAGAUAUGACAUAUGUCAAACUUAUAACAGCGUUUAGAAAGCUCGGAACGUUAAAUUGUUAUCUUGUAGGGUCCGAUUACAAUUAUUUAGCAAAGUAAUUAAUUGGUUAUCGCCGGCCGCCUACUGGGAGUUUAGUGGAGUGUUAAUAUUAUAAGCAUAUAGGAAAUAUUGUUUUAUACCUAACAACUUACUUAUUUUUUAUUUAUUGAUAGUUAUAUAGAUAAUAUAUAUUCUAAAUUCGACGUAAUGGUUUUGACGUAGCGGUGUUCUAAUUGUAAUCGGACUCUACUUUAAUUACUAUUACAAGUAUCUUUAUCAUCAAGGGUGGUGAUUGAAUCUUUAGUUUGAAAAAAAUGGAUACUACAAAAAUAUAAAUUGUGGCACUUUUUUGACAUUUAAAAUGAUCUUUUGGCGUUUUAGUUUUGAUUCGAUUUGUUCAAUCUGAAGUGCCAUUUUUUACAUGUGUGUUCUUUUAAAACAUGACAUUUGACAUAUAUUUUUUAAUUUAACUUUUUUUUGACGUUUGACUUAAAAUAGAUACAUUUAUGUUGGUUACGUGAUCGUUUUGAUAUUUAAAACGACAUUUGACGUUUGAUGUAUUUUUUUCCACACUGUGGGAUAUUUUUUGACAUGUUAGGGCCGAUUCCACCGUUGUGUUAAACGGAGAUUAAAAUGACAUUGUUAAUGUAAAAAUGUCAUUUUAAACUUCGUUUUACACAACGGUGGAAUCGGUCCUUAGUCUUUUAUUCGAUCUUUUGAUGUACGAUGUGCCAUUUUUUAUAUUUGUGUUUAUACACGACAUUUGACGUGUUUUUUAUUUAACAUGUUUUUUGACCUUUGACAUAAACGAUAUACUUUAUUCGUCUUAUUAAUAUUUGAGGUGACAUUUGAUGUUUGAUGUAAUUUUUUUGACUUUUUGAUGUUUUCUUCUCUCAAUGAUCUUCAUAUUUACCCCAGUAGCUCUUUUGAGUAUUCUUUUAUCUCUUUCGGUGUAGCUAAAGAUUUAUAUUUUAUUAAGAUGUGAUUUAAGACGUGAUAGUGAUACUUUUAUUGAGUUUUUUAGGAAAUAAAUUUGGUUUGAGAUUUUACGUUCGUUAAUAGUUAAUAGAACGGGGCCUAAAACGGAUCCUUGCAGCGUGCCAAAUAUUUUGUACUCUCUAUUUUCUUCCUUUUUUAGUACUUUUUUCGCACUAGAAUUAGUGAUAUAAUUACCGGCCAAGGACAGGAUCCUUGUGGUACUUACAAUUUUUUCGUAUAGUUAAUUCGUUAAUAUUAACCUAGAGGGCCUGUUUGUUCAUCAGUGUUGAGUCUCACAAGCUUUUCACUGUUUUUUUUUAAUACUUAUUAAUCUAAAUGUACAUACUUUUGUUGCACAAAUAUUAUCUAUUGUUUAUCGUAGUCGUAUUAUUUGUAAAUGUGUAUUUUUGAAAAAAUAUCUUUUUUUUAAUUUGUGCACUAGAAAUACAAAUCAAUAUAUCUUACAUUUGUCGCUCUUGUCAAAUCGGCUGUCUAAACUGACAUUUUAAGUUAAUUGUCAAUGUCAAAUAUAAUAGAAAUCAAUAUUCUUUCAAAAAUACACAAAUUUUAGGAAAAUACGAUUAUAUUGUAAAUAAAACUCAUUGACUGAACUGAAAUUGUUUUAUUUCACUUCGAAUUGCACAUAUCCAUAAAUAUACAUUUUUAACGAUUCCUUAUUAACAUCUAAAAUGCUCUUAACACAUUUUUUUGGUACAAUAAAGGUUGAUACAACGAAAAACCACCCGAUUCGAACAUAAAUUUAGAAAUAUCACGCUGUCAUCAACGUAUUGACACUUGACAGCUAAAUUCAAUGUUACCGAGGCGCGUUUAAUAGAAAACGAUUUUAAAAAGCCGCACAUAAACAUCAAUUCUAAAUUAUUUUUUACAAUUUAAUAAAUAAACUGUCACAAUGACAAACUUUUAUAUAAUUGAUGGUCUCCUCUUUUUCUAAUAAUGUACAUUAAAACAUUUCUUUUUUGAAAUAUAUUGUUGUAAUAUAAAGAUGUAUAAAUCAACACAAUAUCUAUUUCCUUACUUAAUAAGAUAGUUUUACAAUAUAAUAUACAAAAAUAAAUUAAAAAAUGGUAUAAAAUCUUUUGUGUGUCAUAGAACUAAUGCUUCCGGGACGCAGCGAAUGUCAUGUA